AUGGAAGAAGCCAGAGUCGUGUGCCGGCAGCUGGGAUGUUCGACAGCAAUAUCAGCCCCACGAGGAUCACACUUUGGAAGAGGAAAUGGCAGCAUCUGGAUCGAUGACACCGAAUGCAAAGGCACGGAAUCGGCUCUCAGUCAGUGCCCAGCAAGGUCUUGGGGAGACAAUGACUGCCAUCAUGGAGAAGAUGCUGGGGCUGUGUGCUCAGAGCUGAAGCUGGCUGGCGGUUCAACUCAGUGUGCCGGUCGAGUUGAAGUUCUCCAUAACCAGCGGUGGGGAACCGUGUGUGGAAAUGGCUGGGAUCUAAAGGACGCCCGUGUUGUAUGCCGGGAAAUAGGCUGUGGGAAGGCGCUAACAGCACCAACUGGAGGGAAGUUUGGACAAGUCUCUGGUCCCACUUGGAUGGACGGACUCAACUGCACAGGAGAUGAAGAGGGUCUACUCAAAUGUCCAGCGAAGCCCUUGGCAGAAUACAGUUGCGAUCCCAGCCUCCAUGCUGGUGUCGAGUGUGCAGAACCACCAGAAAUCAGGCUAGUGCAGGGUGAUCAUCAAUGUGCCGGGAGAGUUGAAAUAUUCCACGAAGGCCUCUGGGGAACGAUAUGCGAUAGCAAUUGGGAUCUUGAAGACGCGGAAGUUGUGUGUCAUUACCUUGGGUGUGGUACUGCCUUCUCCGCCUCACGAGGUUCCCGUUUUGGAGGCGGAUCUGGUCCCAUCUGGCUGGAUGGUGUCAAUUGCACAGGGAAGGAGAAUGCCAUCAGCAAAUGCCCUGCAAAAGAGUGGGGGGCUCAUGACUGUACCCACUCUGAAGAGGCCGGGGUUAUAUGUACAGGUCCUUCUUCCGAUGUCCGUUUAAUGAGUGGCUCAAAUCGCUGUUCAGGGAGGGUUGAAGUCUACUACAAUGAGCAAUGGGGGACCAUUUGUGAUGAUAGCUGGGAUGUACAUGAUGCCCACGUUGUGUGCCGAGAACUAGGUUGUGGGAAUGCCUUGUCAGCACCUGGGGGAGCACGCUACGGCCAAGGAUCUGGUACCAUCUGGCUGGACAGAGUUAACUGCACAGGGAAAGAAAAGUCCCUCAAAAAAUGCUCAAAAAAUCCCUGGGGAGAGCACAGCUGUGAUCACAGAAGGGAUGCAAGCGCCGAGUGCUCAGACCCAAACGAGAUCAGAUUGGUGAAUGGUUCGAACCGAUGCUCUGGGAGACUUGAGGUCCUCCACAACCAGCAGUGGGGAACUGUGUGUGAUGAUGACUGGAGUAUACAAAACGCCCAAGUGGUCUGCAGGGAACUUGACUGUGGAGUUGCCCUGUCAGCCGCACGUGGUGCUCAGUUUGGAGAGGGAGCGGAUCACAUCUGGCUGGACGAUGUCAAAUGCAAAGGGACAGAAGCUGCCCUCAGGGACUGCCGCCGGAAGGCUUGGGGAGAACAUAACUGCAACCAUGGAGAAGAUGCUGGUGUGGUGUGCUCAGAACUCAGACUGGUGAACGGAUCAAGUCACUGCUCUGGGAGAGUUGAGAUAUUCCACAACCAGCAGUGGGGGACCGUCUGUGAUGACCGCUGGGGCAUGAAGCAGGCUGAAGUCAUUUGCAGGGAGAUGAACUGUGGGGUUGCAUUGAAAGCACCUACAAAUGCCUUUUUCGGACCCGGAUCAGGGCCCAUCUGGAAGGAUGAUGUCAACUGUGUUGGAACAGAAGCUUUUUUCAGUGAAUGCACAUCGAGCAACUGGGGCCUCAAUAACUGUCACCAUGGAGAAGAUGCUGGUGUUGUGUGCGCAGCAUCUUUUUUCCCCAUUUUAGACCCGGCAGAGAUGAGGCUGGUCAAUGGUUCAAGUCGGUGCUCCGGAAGGGUGGAAGUGUUACACUUGCAACAAUAUGGAACCAUAUGUGAUGACAGCUGGGACAUUAAUGAAGCCAUAGUUGUAUGCAGGAAUCUUGACUGCGGAACUGCCAUAGGUGCCCCACACGGAGCUCGGUUUGGGAUGGGAGAAGAUCCUAUCUGGAUGGAUGAUUUAGAAUGUACUGGAACAGAGUCUGCCCUGACUGAAUGCAAAGCAAAGCCUUGGGGAGCCAAUGACUGUGGCCAUGGGGAAGAUGCUAGCGUUACAUGUUCAGAAUCGUCCUACAUAACAGUGGGUGACAUCCGACUGAUAAAUAAUCAUCUGAACGCUUGUGCUGGAAGAGUCGAGGUCUUGUCCCAGCAGCAGUGGGGAACCGUGUGUGACGAUGGAUGGGACCUGGAGGAUGCCACCGUUGUAUGCAAGCAAAUAGGCUGCGGCUUUGCUUUGGAAGCCCCGCAUUCAGCACGCUUUGGAGAAGGGUCUGGUCCCAUCUGGCUGGACGAUGUGAACUGCACGGGGUUGGAAGAAUCCCUCAAAGACUGCAAAGGACAGUCCAUGGGAGAACACAAUUGUAAUCAUUUAGAGGACGCGAGUGUCGUAUGCUCAGGUCUUUUCCAGGUGCGAUUGGCCGGCGGACCCAAUUCCUGUGCUGGGCGGGUGGAGGUAGAGCAUAAUGGCUCUUGGUCCUCCGUUGGUGAAUCCGGCUGGAGCCUUACAGAGGCCACAGUGGUCUGCCGGCAACUGGGCUGUGGCGCAGCAGUGUCUGCGCUGGUUGGCAAUCAGUAUGGUGCCACUCUCGGACCAGCUUUGGUGGAUGAGAUGAAAUGCACUGGACAAGAGUCGUCCCUCAACCAAUGCCACGGGAAAGGCACCGGUCUCCAUAAGUGUCUCUGUGAUGCAUAUGCAGGAGCCGUGUGCGAGGGAAAGACAGGGUCUGCUGUAGCUGUUACAGUAAUUCUGGUGCUGGCCGCUGCUGCCCUACUUCUCGGUGGGACCUUGCUCUACUUGCGGAAACGGAGGAGUGGGAAACCAUUAUGGGCGAAUCUCGUCACUCGUACACAAAAUGCCUUUAAAAAAGACACCACAUUUCGGUUUGACAUGGUAAAUGGCACUCUAGACACAAAUGUCCAGGAAGGAGCUGUACAUGGGGUGGACUCUGACACCAUCUGCCUGGUGAAAGCCGCCUCUGGGUCUCCCACAGACCACAAUAACUGA